CCGUCGUGCCCCGCGGCGGGGCCACCGGAUAUCCGGCGCCGCCUCAGGGAGCCGCCCGGGCCGAGAGGCGCAGCCCCGCACGGCCCCGCUCCGCUCUCCGCCCGCUCCCGGCGGCCGGGCCGCCCGCCGGCCUUCUCCGCCGCCGCCAUGGGCUGUACGCUGAGCGCCGAGGACAAAGCGGCGGUGGAGCGGAGUAAAAUGAUCGACCGCAACCUGCGGGAGGACGGCGAGAAGGCGGCCAAGGAGGUGAAGCUGCUGCUGCUCGGUGCUGGGGAGUCUGGGAAAAGCACCAUUGUGAAGCAGAUGAAGAUUAUUCAUGAGGACGGCUACUCGGAGGAGGAAUGCAAACAGUAUAAAGUGGUUGUCUACAGCAAUACUAUCCAGUCCAUCAUCGCCAUCAUAAGAGCCAUGGGAAGGCUAAAGAUAGACUUUGGGGAAGUUGCCAGAGCUGACGAUGCCCGCCAGCUGUUCGUGCUCGCGGGCAGCGCGGAGGAAGGCGUGAUGACCGCCGAGCUGGCCGGCGUCAUUAAACGGUUGUGGAGGGACGGCGGGGUGCAGGCCUGCUUCAGCAGAUCCAGAGAGUACCAGCUCAACGACUCCGCCUCCUAUUACCUAAAUGACUUGGAUAGAAUAUCCCAGCCGACCUAUAUUCCGACUCAGCAGGACGUUCUGCGGACCAGAGUUAAAACCACGGGCAUCGUGGAGACUCACUUCACCUUCAAGGACCUGUACUUCAAGAUGUUUGACGUCGGUGGCCAACGGUCGGAGCGGAAGAAGUGGAUCCACUGCUUUGAGGGUGUGACGGCCAUUAUCUUCUGUGUGGCCCUCAGCGAUUACGACCUUGUCUUGGCUGAGGACGAGGAAAUGAACCGGAUGCACGAGAGCAUGAAGCUGUUUGACAGCAUCUGUAACAACAAGUGGUUUACGGACACAUCGAUCAUCCUCUUCUUGAACAAGAAAGACCUGUUUGAGGAAAAGAUUAAGAAGAGCCCACUCACAAUCUGCUACCCGGAGUACACGGGCUCCAACACGUACGAGGAGGCGGCGGCGUACAUCCAGUGCCAGUUCGAGGACCUGAACCGGAGGAAAGACACCAAGGAGAUCUACACGCACUUCACCUGCGCCACCGACACCAAGAACGUGCAGUUCGUGUUUGACGCCGUGACGGACGUCAUCAUCAAAAACAACCUGAAGGAGUGCGGGCUCUACUGAGCGGGAAGGAGGUUUUACGAUGCGGCGUUUAGAGAAGCGGGAUCUCCGCUGCCCAGUGGGGACGGCGGCAAGCGUGACCGGGACCAGGGUCGCCAACAGCAUGCGGAAACCGUCGCAUUCUUUAGCACAAUCUUCUGUAUUAGGGACCUUUAUUUUUUGUUUUCUUGAUAUGGGAUGUUGAAGUUUAGGUCGAGACGGGACAACUGUUAGUGUGACUAGAUCCUCCGGGCGUCGUUCGCAUGGCGUGAUCUCCAGUGUGUACAGCUCUUGUGAAGGGGAGGUGCUGGAUUCCAGACCUUUCGAUAUGUAGCUUUCUCUCUUUUUCUUGGGUUAACAAGCCACCACUAGUCUGGUUUUGAUGUUGUUUGUUUAUUUUUUUCCAUCAAGAAAACGAUAACUUUACUAAAAUUUUAUUUCUUUAUUUGCAAACAAAUGUUUUAAAAAUAAAAAACAAACAAACAAAUCACUUAACUAUGCACAUGUGACCAGAUCAUGCAGAACUAUUCCUCUUAGCAGGAACUCUUUGUUUUUAACACUUGGUAUGGUCAGGAUUUAAUAUUUCUGCAACUACUUAAAGGAUCCUUCGAGCUUUUGACGAUCGCUUCGGCUCCUUCGGCCGUGUCGUUUGUCGCGUCCUGCUCCCGUCCCCCUUCCGAAAGAAGCUCCUGCAGCAGGAUCAGCGAGGGCUUUUUAGCUUAUGGUUGGGGUGAACUUGGUUUACGCCGGUAUCCAAAUCCCGAUUUGUUCUGGGUAAAAUAGAGUCAACUUUGCGGUGAGCGCAUCCAUUGGAGAGAUGGGAUGGGAUGGGAUGGGAUGGACCCCGCUGCGCCAGAGCUGCUCAAACCAACCGCUUGAGGUUCUUGUGCAUUUUUCAGUCGAAGCCGGUGGGUGGUUUUGCACCUCGUUCUGCAUUUACCAAGGGCCUUUUCUGUUCCGAGCCUCCUCAGCUGUAUUGACGCGCAUGCCUUUACUUUGUAUAUGUGGUGCCAAAUCCCCGUUUGCCGGCGUUUUUACCAUAGUGCCGUUCCUAACCGGCCCGUACAUUCCUUUGCCGAACCGUUGCACCCCGACUCUUUCUCCCCAGUUUGUCAUGUGUACAGUUUCAAUCUGUUCUAGUUGUUGGCAGUAUUAAAAAUGGUGAGUAAACA